AUGGCAUGUACCCGACAGGCUUUGCCCACGGAGGUGUCAUCCAGGGCAACCCAGUACCAGUGGGUUCCGGUCGUCACAGCAGAAGAAGUGAUGCCCGUACCGACUACCGGUAUGGCGACACCGACAGCUCGGGCAGCAGAAGCGGCGGUAGCAGCCCUGAUUGGAGAGAUUCUCGUCAAUCAGCAAGAAUGUCCGGCACGAGUUAUAGAAGCUCAUACUCAUCCACCUCAUCCUCGGAUUCGCACCAUUACAACAGAAGAGGACAGCAACGCUAUUAGCUCGGCCAAUUCGUAA